AUAAACUGCCUGGGGGUGGGCGGGUACUGCUGUGUUUGGAGCUUGAUCCUUAACUCUGGUGUCCAGGGGGGAGUUUUCUACUCUGAGUGGGUCGCCUCUGAGGGUCAAGGGAUCCCAGAGCCAUGUCCCUCACCGACAGUACUGGCCUUGGCAGCAAAUCUGAGAAGCCAGUGUCCUUGAUCUGUGGGUGUGAGCUGAGCAGCGAGCAUGAUUCCUACACCUUCCAGGUGUUGGAGGAGGGGAACUGUGAGCAGCAGCUGGCCCUGAGGACGAUCUGCCUGGGCGAGAUGGCCCGGGAUGAGUUCCACGUGGUGGAGAUCCUGCCAGCUGAGGAGAGCAGUGCUCGUGUCCCGAUGCCCCUCGCCACGCUGAAGCCCUCCGUGCUCCCCAUGGCCACCCUGGUGGGAAUGGAGCUCACACUUCCAGUCACCUUCCACCUGCGAGCUGGCUCUGGUCCCGUCUACCUCAGUGGGCAGCAUGUCUCCAUGGUGUCUGACCUGUCCUGGAAUGAGGAGGAGGAAGAAGAAGAAGAAGAGGAGGAUACUGAGGAAGAGGAGCCAGUAGAGGAGUCCCUUGAGAAGUCCCCCAAGGGCCAAGUUGCCAAGAAGGGCAAUGCUGCCAAGAAGAGGAGGCUGGAGAAAGAGGAUGAGCUCAGGAAGAACAUCUCCCCUGAAGAUCCCUUUCUCAGCAAGGGGCAAGGACCUGGCCGGGGCAGGAAGGGGGCAGUAAAGAAGUAACGGUGCUGUGAUGGAACCCGGCCACAUGCAGAAGAGCAUGGAAACCUGCUGCUUUGCUGUUGCCCUUCCC